UAUUCCCACACAGAGAGAGAGAGAGAGAGAGAGAUGGAAGAGGCAAAGUCGAGAUUCAAAAGGAUUUGUGUGUUCUGUGGGAGCAGUUCAGGGAAGAAAGCCAGUUAUCAAGAAGCUGCUGUUGAACUUGGGAAGGAACUGGUAGAGAGAAGGAUUGAUUUGGUCUAUGGAGGUGGGAGCGUGGGAUUGAUGGGUAUUGUUUCUCAGGCGGUUCAUGAUGGUGGGCGCCAUGUUCUAGGAGUCAUUCCAAGGAGUCUAAUGCCGAGAGAGAUAACUGGGGAAACAGUCGGAGAAGUGAGAGUUGUAUCUGAUAUGCACCAGCGGAAAGCUGAAAUGGCUCGUCAAGCCGAUGCCUUUAUUGCCCUCCCUGGCGGAUACGGCACUAUGGAAGAACUGCUAGAAGUCAUUACGUGGGCUCAACUUGGAAUUCACCGCAAACCCGUGGGGCUCUUGAAUGUUGAUGGGUUCUAUAAUUCCCUAUUGUCUUUCAUUGAUAAGGCCGUUGAUGAAGGCUUUAUCUCACCAAUCGCCCGUCGCAUUAUCAUGUCUGCACCAACUGCCAAACAGUUGUUCAGACAUCUUGAGGAAUAUGUUCCGGAGUACGACGAGAUAACAUCCAAGCUGGUUUGGGAAGAGGUGGAAAGACUGAAUUAUACACCGGCCUGAAUCGGGGGUUGCUACGUGAUCAUGAGUACUGUUGACGUUGCAUGAAUCAUACAAUUAAACGUACGUACAAGACCCUUUGAGUAUGCAAGCUGCUUAGUAUAUAGUGAUAUGGUUUUCGACCGUACAAUAUCGAUCUAACGCAUAGAAGUUUUUGGGUUUUCUUUAAUUCUCUUCUUAUUUUCGGAACUGGGGCAGCAUGAGUGCU